ACACGCCUGAGCUCCAGCAUUCAGCACUUCAGGCGUGCUGCACUGCUUCCACCUAUGUGACGGGGUGGUAGGGGGGGUAGGAGGAUGAAAGAGAUCACAACAGAGAAUGAGAGGAGUGGGUUGCAGCCUGAUUGGCUACGGGGGGAUUAAACGUUCAGUCCGGUUGGCCGAGACCAGUCCUUUUACCCCCUAUAUCGUUCCUUUGUGUGUGUAUAGACGUGGGAGGGAGUGUGUAUUUCUGUGUGUACAUACCUAUAUAUAUGUGUGUGUGUCCAUGUGUGUGUCUGUUUGCUAGAACAUAUAUAUUGUGUGUGUGUGCUGUAUAUCUUGGAUGAAGUGUGUCCCAGUCUUUCUUCUGCUUCAGACUGAUUGGUAGUUGCACAAAUCUAAAAGAAGGAGAGAAAGAAGGUUAGGAGACGUGAGCUGUGCACGUGGACAUCUCGGGACGCAGAGUGUUACUGUGGACCUGUUGGAGACGCUUGUGCAUAGACAUCUGAAUCUUUCCUCCUCGUUCGUUUUUCUCUCUUUUUCAGAAUGGAGUGCUGCCUGCUGACGGUGUGUGCAGCUUCCGUAGCUCUUCUUUUCGCCCUCCUUUACUUUCUCGUGCAGCGCAACGGCACGUGCACCUUAAUAUGGCACGCCUUCAUCAACGAGCGACUGUACGACACACUCACUCGCUCCACACGGCCUCAGCGCAUGCUGAAGGCAGUGCAGAAGAACGCAAUUAGAGGGAAUCCUGAGAGUGUCAUCUCUGCCAUCGACUACUUCUGCAAGCACUCGGAAUGGGCCAUGAACGUGGGCGACGAAAAAGGCUGCAUUUUGGACUCAGUAGUGACUGAGGUGGACCCCAGUACGGUUCUGGAGCUGGGGACGUACUGCGGGUAUUCCACAGUGAGGAUCGCACGUCUGCUCUCCCCGGGCACCAAAUUUAUCACGGUGGAGUUUAACCCGGCCAGUGCAGAAGUCGCCAGGAAGAUCAUUGCCUAUGCUGGCCUACAAGACAAGGUGACUCUGGUAGAAGGAGCGUCAGGUGAUUUGAUCCCUCAAAUAAAGAAGCUUUACGGCAUCACGACGUUUGACUUCAUCUUUCUUGACCACUGGAAGGAUCGCUACCUCCCUGACAUUAAGCUGUUUGAGGAGUACGGUUUGCUCAGGAAGGGCUCUGUGCUGCUGGCCGACAAUGUGAUUUGUCCCGGAACACCGGAAUACCUGGAGUACGUGAGGAACAGCCCUCGCUAUGAGAGCAGAUACUAUCCUUCCCAUCUGGAGUACACCAAAGUGGAGGAUGGACUGGAAAAGUCACUCUUCCUGGGAUAAAACACUGUUUACAACACCAACACCAAUGAAGAUCUUCCAUCAUCUUCAAUAUUAACCUCAAUCAGUAUCUGUGUAACAAUACAACUGCAGUGAUUUACAGCUGUGUUCAGGGAAAAAGUGAAUGAUUAUCAUUAUCAAAUUGCAUGUACAUGUGUAAAGCAUCCAAGAUGAUACGGAGACUAAACAUGGACAAAAGUUGGUGAACACCUGA